AGAAAAGGUUAUUUAAGAGUUACUCAAGCGCUUGUAUAAUAUAAACGAUAGCUCGGGAAAAAAAUCAGGUAGUAGCUACUGCAACCGCCGUGUGGUUCGUUGCUGAGUAGUUGUCAUUUUGCAACUUCAGAUGAUUUGGUGAUGUUUCCAAAGGUGAGAACAUGCUUGUCUUCGGGUUUGUCCAGAUUGCCCAGUUGUGUAAAUUCAAGACGGGCGUUAGGAGCGUCAUCUGUCCUCUGCAAACAUCAGCAUCGGACCUUCAGCUCUGAGUCUGCUGGUGUCAGGGUUCUGUAUGAUGGGCUUUGUCCCAUAUGUGUGACAGAGAUCCAGUUCCUCCAGUUUCUGCAGAGAAACCGGCCUGAGAAAGUACAUUUUAUUGAUAUCUCUCUGCCAGACUAUGAUGGAAUGAAGUACAAGGAUAUUACCUAUGAGAUGGCCAUGAAGGAAAUGCACGUGAUUGAUGAGAAAGACAAGGUUCACAGCGGAGUCCCAGCAUUUGCAGUGAUGUAUAGCGCAGUAGGCCUCGGCUGGUUGGCUCGUUUUAUGACGUGGUCACCUGUGAGGCCAUUUAUGGACAAAUCCUAUGACAUCUUUGCCAGGAACCGCCUAAAGUGGACUGGACGUGGAAAGGAGUGCACCACAGGACGCUGUGAAAGGAAAAUACCCUGACUCUCCUGUACAGAAAAAAGUGUGUUUAAUAAGUACUGUAAAUACAUGAAGAAGAACUACAUAAAUAUGAUGUCGCUAAUCCUGUAUAACCAUUGUAAAGCUGACAUGAGAAAAUUAAAGGAAUUUUUAUUGAAUAGAGUUUUUAAAGCUAUUUUUGACCAA